AUGGUGAGCUGGCGGUGCGUUCAGGUAAAGAGCAUAAUGGCAUCAGGAGGUCCGGUGAUGAACGGUGACAUAUCCCGUUCUCCUGGUCAAACCGGAGCUCUGGAGGAUACACUGAAGCAGAUGAACAUUCUCAUUCAAGAAAACAGAGACCUGAAAGAGGCUUUACAUAAGGCCAAUAUGUCGAUGAAGGAGCGCUUCGAGGGUCUUGCCGUUUGGAAAGAGAAGCAGAAAGAUGAUAAGAACUUCCUGGAGACCAAACUGUGUGACGCAAAAGUCCAAAUCGAGAGUUUAAUGGCAGAAAAACAGGAUCUCAGAAAGAAGAUGGAGGCUCAAGGAGGAGAAACACAGGACUCAGAGGUAGAGGCACUUCGUAUACAGCUGGCUCGUCUUCGGGCUGAGAAAAACGACCUGGUGGCUCUGAACUCCGAGCUGCAGCUGAAAGCCGAUCACAGCUCCAAUGACGACUCCUUCAUCGAGAUCAUCAAAGUCACUGACAGCGGUGAAGAUGGUCUGAGUGAGGUGUGUGGGACAGAGCAUGUGAAGGCGCCCAGGUUACCUUCUGUAAACCUGAGCAUGAGUGCCUCCAGGCUGGACACUGAGGAGGUGACUGUGAGCCAGCUGCUGCAGUCACUGCGGGAUGAGACGCAGAGAGCAGAGAGGCUACAGGAGGAGCUGCUGUUCUCGCAGACCAAUUACAACAAACUUUACGACACCCUGGAAGAGCUGAGGAACAGGAUGAGCAGUAUGGAUCAGUGCACACAGACCUCAGAGCAAGAUGAGACCAAGCAGCAGGCCGCUAUGGCAGCUUCUGAGGUGGAGAAUCUGAAGACCCAGGUGAAGACACUGUAUAAAGACUUACAACAAGCACAGAGCAAACUGGACGAAGCUGAGGGCAUGAAGAGAAACCUCACUGACAGAUGUCGUGAGGUUGAGCAGGAUGUUGUCACUCUUAAGGCUCAGUUAGUGGACAGACAUACAGUCCAAUCUGAAAAUGAACGCCUGAAGCUGCAGAUCGACAGUAUGCAAGCGCAGAGCCUGGUGGAACUGAGAAAGGCAGGAGACGCAAGGAAUGAUUUUGGCCAGUUGAAAGAAGCAUAUACAAAGUUAUUUGAAGAUUACAAUGAGAUGAAGGAGGAGAGGAAGAAGCGAGAGUCCCAGUUUGUGCAGAAAGAAAUGGUUGUGGAUCUUGAGAAGAGACUGAGCGCUGCUGAGGAGGCCUUAGUCGCAAAACAAGAACGAAUCGAUGAAAUGAAACAGGAGCUUUAUAAGAAGGAGACGGAGCUGGAAGAAAUCCAACUGUUCAAGCUUCAGGCUGAGGUGUACUCGUCAGACUUCCAGGCAGAGCGUGCAGCUAGAGAAAAGAUCCACGAGGAGAAAGAGCGCCUGGCUACUCAGCUGGAGUUUGUGAAAAGUCAGAAUGGUCAGCUUCAGGACGAGCUGGAGUCACUGGGACGACAUUCGCUUAAUGAGAUGCAGAGGAGGCAUGGUGGAGGAAAUCAACCUUCAUUAGUUGGAAGAGGAGCAGAGUGGCAACAGGGAAACAUUCCAGAGCAUGCAUGUCCCAAAUGCAACGAGAUUUUACCUGACCUGGAUUCACUUCAGAUCCACAUCAUGGACUGCAUUAACUGA